GACAGAGAACUUGUUAGUGGAUUAGAGAGGAGCUGUUUUAAAGUUUCUAUCAAGAAGGCUAGCAGAGUACAUUACUUAGCCAACGAAGAAACCUGUGAAAUACAGCGAGCAGAAGAACACGCAGCUCCAGUGCCUCCUGUUAGAGCAGAAAGGAGAGUCAACCUUGUUAAGAUGCUGAUUAUCUUCAGUGUUCUCCUAGUGGCCGGCCUCAUAUCCCUUUCUGUUUGCAAUUUCAUAAAAUUAAAUCACAAUGAGCAAGAGUUGCAGGAGUUAAGAAGUGCAAAUUACAUUCUGACCAGCAACAACACUGAACUACAAGAAAGCCGAGAUAUCCUGCAGUCUCAGUACGAAACUCUGAAUGAGAAACUUGAUGAACUGACCAAGGAGUUCAGUAAUCUGAAGGAAUUCUACUGCGAUGCUACAAACACGUCUCCCGAUAAUACUUGUUCUUUAUGUAAACCGGGUGGAAUCUUCUUCAAUUCCAAGUGUUACUUCAUUUCCACUUAUGAACAGACCUGGAAGCAGAGCCGUGAUUGGUGCAUGACAAGAGGUGGACGACUAGUGAAUAUAGAAAGUUUAGAGGAGCGGGACUUUAUAAAAAGUAAAGCUCGAAGUUAUUAUUGGAUUGGCGGAUACGACAUCAGUAAAGAAAACAACUCUACCAGGAUGGGCGCUGAACCUGUGAAAUCCAAGAGACCCAGCGAUGUCUACAAAGGAGAAUGUAUCCUGAUAGACCUGCAAAUUAUCAAGGUGUAUAACCACAGAUGUGGAGAUUCUCAUCAAUGGAUCUGUGAGUCCGCUGCAUUUCCUCUUCAUGUUUAAACUGCUAUCAAGAGUUCCAGUCACCUGCCAGAGCCGCUGUCUUCAGAAAUCGUAAGGAUCACUUCAUCAGUAAAUCAUAGAGCUGCUAGUCUGACCCGAGUCCAGACGGUCACGUCACUUUGUCAUGUAGGUGACAGAGGUAGUGAGGGACAACAUACUCUACAUACAGGACUGGGGGGAAAUGAAUGUUGCCAUCUUAUUGUAAUCUCAGUGUUGGUCUGUGACUUCUUCUCAGUUCUGACUAAAUAGACCCCCGGACCCUGAACUGCACAUGGUGGUUAUAGAUAACUGAUGAAAUGAUAAAGCUUCAUUUACAUAUGAGAAGAAAUGCACAGUUCUGAGUUUUAUAAAACAAUUUUCUAUUUGUGUAACAAGCAACACAUUCAAGUCCUUUCAGCAUUUAGUAAAAUGAAGAUACGUCACCAACCUGUGUGUGUCUUGAGUGAUGUGAUAAAGUAUUUACCCCCUUCCUAGUGUGUUCUGUUUUUACAUAUUUUACAUAAUGCAUGGCCUCUGACCUUUAGAAAUAUGAAAUAUUAAAAAAAGGAGACCUGAGGAAAGACACAAUAUAGUUUUUAAAUCACUGCUUUCUUUAUUCAAUGAACAAAGUUAUUAAUCCAACACCUCAGUGACCGAUGUGAAGGUGUCAUUGCAGAUCAGAGUCUCAGUGCUUGGCUGGUGUAACUUUAGCAGCAGUAAUAAGAACUAAACACUCUGUGAUUUAUAAUUUGAGAUCAGACUUUCACGUUACUGUUGAGGAGUGAUAACCCGCUGGUCUUUGCUUUCAUUCAGACACAUUCAGAGUUUUCGAGCCUAAACUGUUCAUGUCGGCACUUCUGUUAGUACAAGUUAGCAGUUUGAUGAGGCUCUGAAACUCUCAUGUCCUCUGAGCCAUUCAGCUGUAGGUUUUCUUCUUUGUGGUUGACCAUAUUGACCUGCUGCUUCAGCCAACUACACCUUGGCUCCAGGUCAUGGACAGAGGACUGGCCGUUCUUAUAAAGAAUAUUCUGGUUCUUUCAAAAUGGCAAGUCUUCACACACUGAGGCAGCAGCAAAG